UACCACUUUCGAUGAUCUGGUAAACCUCGUAGCGCUGGAGGAAUUCAAACGUAAGAUCCCAUACCCAAUCAUGUUGCACAUCACAGACAAGGAUGAGACAGCCCUACUCAAAGCUGCACAAAUAGCAGAUGUGUUUUCCUUAGUACAUCGCCCUACAUUCUCGGGAGAGAAGAAAACUCAGCCUGUUGUUAAGUCAGGUGCAAGUAAUCAGAAAGAUGGUAGACCUGUAGAUAUUGAUUCCAAGUCCAGUAUAUUCUGCUCUUUUUGUAAGAAAACUGGCCACCUCAUAAAGAACUGUCCUGAUCCUACGUGUAAAGUGGCUAAAGUAGGUACAUUUUCUAAACCUGUUGCUUCACUGAACACCUCAGAUUCACUCCCUGUUGAUGAUCCUUUUAAACCCUUCAGGUCACAAGGCACUGUCUCCCUCAACACUGACUCUGAGGAGCGCCCUAUUCAGAUUAUGCGGGAUACUGCCUCUACCCAGUCAAUCCCCUUGAUAUCUCCACUUCCAGGAGUAGAACGGAAGUAUACUGGGGAGAAGGUAUUUCUUAAGGAUUUUCACCAGACAUUUCCCGUACCUCUCUCUAAGGUGCACCUUAACUGUCCGCUUGUCAGGGGAACAGUGACCGUUGCUGUCAGUGAUGACAAGUCCUUGCCCAUUCCUCACGCUAACUUCCUGUUAGCUAAUGAUCUGGCUGGUGAGUUAGUCAUUCCACCCCUUAUCACCAAUAACCCACCACUAUCUUAUAAUCCCACAGCUGACAUGGAAAAGGAGCAGCCACACCUCUUCCCUAGUUGUGCCGUUACCCGUGCACAGACCAGAGCAACUGCUCAGAUGCCGCUUCAGCCCUUGCCAACUAUCACUCCCCAUACAGCUAACGUAAACCUUGGCAAGGUAUUUUCUGAACAAUUACUCGCUGAAGCUCAACGAGAAGAUGUCACCCUGUCUCGUUUCCAUGGCCAAGUCAUUCCUAACGAUCAGAUCACACAUUCCCCAUCUUUCUAUUACCAGGACAAAGUACUUAUGAGGCUAUUUAAACCACCUAAACUUCCAGACGAUGCCACUUGGGCAGAGAUUCAUCAAAUUGUAUUGCCAGUCAACUUAAGAGAGCCAGUCAUAGAGAUUGCUCAUGGUAAAUUUGCAGGACAUCUAGGAAUAAGAAAGACUUGUGACAAAUUACUUAAUGAUUUUUACUGGCCCGGUCAAAGAAAGGAUGUUACAGCAAUGAUUAAUUCUUGUCACACUUGUCAGGUUAUGGAGAAACCAAACCAAAGCAUUCCUCAGUAUCCUCUCCAAACCAUCCAAGUGCCUGAGGAACCUUUCCACAAGAUAAUUAUAGACAUUGUUGGCCCAUUGCCCCAAACCCGGAAAGGAAACAAAUACAUCCUCACUGUUAUGUGUCCAACCACCCGAUACCCUGAAGCUUUUCCCCUAAGGAACAUCACCGCCAAAACAAUUGUAACUAAACUCACCCAAUUGUUCACUACCUUUGGCAUACCUAGGGAAAUUCAAAGUGACCGAGGCACUAAUUUCACGAGCGAUCUCUUUGCAGCAGUCCUAGCAGAACUUGGAAUUAAUCAGACUCUAUCUACAGCCUACCAUCCCCAAUCACAAGGUGCUUUGGAGAGAUGUCACCAGACCCUUAAGGCUCUUCUCCGCAAGUUUUGUCAUGACCAGGACCAGGAAUGGGACGAGGCUUUACCUUUCGUCCUAUUCGCCAUACGAGAGACACCCAACGAGUCCCUUGGUGUUUCCCCCUUUGAGCUACUAUUUGGUCAUAAGGUGAGAGGACCACUUAAAAUAAUCAAAGACCAGUUGCUCAGUGACACUACUUGUAAGCUUGUCACAAUCACUAAGUAUAUUGAGAAACUUAAGAAUACCUUUGACAAGGUUCGCUCUUUCGCCCGCAGCAAUCUCAAACUAGCUCAAGGGGUAAUGAAAGAGCAUUUUGACAUUAAAGCUAAAGUAAGAACAUUUAAUGAGGGUGACCAAGUCUUAGCUUUCAUCCCAGUCUCUGGUUCACCCUUACAGGCUAAAUACCAUGGUCCAUAUACCAUCAAUAAGAAGAUCAGUGACAAUAACUAAAUCAUAAAAACUCAUGACCGCCGUAAGAGCACUCAAUUGAUUCACAUUAACUUAUUAAAAUUGUACAAGACUAGACCUAACCUUGCACCUGACACAAAGGAGAAACCUAUAUGUACUAUUAAUGUGUCUGUAAUUGGAGAUGUCACCACCCAUAUCACUGGCACAGAAGGUAUUACAAACUCCUUCAUACUUAGUCACCUAGGGGAGUACCUAGCACACUUAUCUCCCACUCAAGCAGCAGACAUAACUACCAUCCUCCACCAAUUCCCUGAUGUCUUCGGCGAUCAUCCUAAACUGUGCAACCUAACCUCCCAUGAUGUAAGCUCCUCCCAGGAACCUCUCCUCUUCGGCACCCUCCAUACCGACUACACCCUCAGAAGCGUGACUAGAUGAGUCAGGAGGUGGAUUAUCUACUUCAGCAGGGUUUGGCCAUCCCAAGCCAGUCCCCGUGGGCGUCACAGUGUCUUCUCGUCCCCAAGGAGGAUGGACAACAUCGCCUCUGCACUGACUACCGCAGAGUGAACGCUGUGACUGUCCCGGACGCCUACCCCCUGCCACGAAUAGAUGAUCUCAUAGACAAGCACCUCAUUCAACUCCGGGAGGUGCUGACGAGGCUGCAGGGAGCACAUCUCACCGUCAAGCUAGACGAUAUUCUGAUAUUUACAUGGCAUUGGGAGCAGCACCUCCUUAACUCCGGGAAGUGUUGACGAGGCUGCAGGGAGCACAUCUCACCGUCAAGCUGGCCAAGACCAUACUCAACAAAGCGACGGUGACGCACCUGGGACAUGAAGUGGGGCAAGGCCGUGUACGACCCAAAAAGGCCAACGUCUCCGCCAUCCUGGAGUACCCUGCCCCUACUACUCGGAAGGCUCUUCGGCGUUUUCUGGGCAUGGCAGGUUACUACCGGAGGUUCUGUCCCAACUUCGCGGCCGCUACCGUCCCUCUCACACGGCUCACGAGUGGGGCUGUGACUUACCACUGGACGGACGACUGCCAAACCGCCUUCGAUCAACUGAAGAAAUUCCUGGCCCAGGGUCCCGUACUCAUCGCUCCCGAUUUCACAAAACCCUUUUCCCUACAAACAGAUGCCAGCGACACUGCCUUGGGAGCUGUACUUCUGCAAGAGGUGGAUUGCAUUCUCCACCCCGUGGCGUAUCACUCCAGCAAGUUCAACGUCCACCAAAAACGGUACAGCACUGUGAGGGACAGGGCCCAGGCGUAGUUAGGUGGAGGGGACGCCAGAUCAAGUCCCUCGUUAGGCCUGGUAUCCCUCAGCUUCCCUGGGUGCGUGGCGAGAUAAACACUAGAGUGGCUUUUACAUUUAAUUGCCUCCUCAACACCCACACACACGGGAGAAGUAUAGUAUUCCCGGUGUAGCGUCGCCCAGCGUCAACAGAGUCCCGGUUGGAGAGGGCCAGGGGCCACUGGCAGGGUGGUGACGCGGCGGCGAGACGGUGUCGUGACGUCGGAGUUAGAAGGGCCCAGGGGCCACAAGUAAGAUGGAGAUGAGGCAGCGAGAUGAAGCCACGACGUCCGAUGAGGAGGAGAGCAAUGACGGGGGCAGCAGACUGGCAGGGCUCGUGUCAGCCACAACCCCGCUCGGCGGUGAGCAGAAUGGGAGGCCGGUAAAGGUGUUAACGUCGGCCGAGUCCC